AAAUAAGCCAUCCUUCUAUGCUUUUAUAUCAUACGUGACCAAGUCGCUCGUACUUUUUCUUGCCUAACUCCUUUCCCUUGAUAUAUCUCAAUUCUAAACUUCACUCACAAUGCGUGCCCUUCGCUAUCAUGGGACCAAGGAUCUGCGUCUCGACGAAGACGUUGCUGAGCCUAAAUGUGGUGAUUCCCAGGUAAAAAUACGACGUGAGACCUAUACCCCUACCUUGAAAUCGGGCUCAGUGACGCUAAUCCAACAACAUUUCAGCGGCUUUCUGCGGGAUCUGUGGAACAGACUGUAAGUCAGACCUUGUACUGUCCACCACUGAACAGGGCACGUCAGCGACCAGAAACCUACGGCUAAUUAUCGGCCGUGCAUAGUACAUGAAUACUCAUCGCCAACAUUCAUCCCAUCUAAAGAAUCGCCCCAUCCUGUGACCGGAGAGUCGAUGCCAGUGGCCAUUGGGCAUGAGUUCAGCGGCACCAUAGUUGAAAUUGGCCCAAAUGCCGCGAAUCCGCAAAACCUCAAGGUCGGCGAUGACGUUGCGGUUCAACCUACCAUUUGCUGCUUUGGCUGCGGACCGUGUCGGGAGGGAUAUAUCAAUUGCUGUGACUCGGCGGGGUUCGUGGGUUUAAGUGGUGGAGGUGGAGGGAUGACCGACGCUGUUUGUGUGGAUCCGCAGUUUGUUUUCAAGUUGCCCAAAGGCACAUCUUUGCAGAUUGGUGCCUUGGUGGAACCAUUGGCCGUGGCAUGGCAUGCAGUUGAUCAGUAUCCCAUCAAGGAAGGUGACGAGGCUCUUGUUUUGGGCGCAGGCCCAAUAGGUCUAGGCGUGAUCCAAUGCCUCAAAGCCAGAGGAGCAAAGACCAUCAUCGUCGCAGAAGUCGCAGAGCAGAGGCAGAAAUUCGCCAGGGAGUUUGGAGCAACACACGUGCUAGAUCCGAGGCAUGACGAUGUGGUCAAAAAAGCCAAAGAAAUCUGCGGUGGAUUGGGACCUCAUCUAGCACUAGAUGCUGCGGGUGUUGCAGCGAGUGUCAAGACUGCAGCACUUGCAGUCCGAGCUCGAGGCACUGUGGUGAAUGUGGCAAUCUGGGAAAAGGAGGUGAGUAAGAUGAGUGGUUUCGAACUGUGUGAUUGGAGGUCAGAUCUAACGAUUAAUACCUAGGUUCCCUUUCAACCAAAUAAUUUGGUGUUUGGGGAGAAGAAAUAUCUUGCGGUGCUAGGAUAUGUCAAGGAAGACUUUGGCGGAGUGAUACAAGCCCUCGCAGACGGGGCGCUGAAGCCGGAGGGGAUGAUCACAAAGACGAUCAAGAUUGACAAGGUGGUUGAAGAAGGUUAUAAGGCUUUGUUUGACGAGAAAGACAAGCAUGUCAAGAUUUUGGUUGACUGUCGAGCGUAAGGAUGAGAUGUGGAGGAGAUGGACAGACUGAUAAUGACAGCAAAGCGAAAAGCUGAUAGAAGCAGGCACGAAAUCUGGUCAGGUGAGCUCACUGCAAUGCAAAGUGAGGAAACAGCGAUGGAGUCACUGUGGGACUUGCUCUUUGGGCACAUGGGGUACGUUUCGAUAUUGCAGGACUGGAGUGGAAAUCUCCAUGAGUGUGUGUACUAUCUUGCAAACAAUAAAAGUCCAGUACAGGGUUUUUCAUAUCUCCUACUUGGUGUCAACACCAGCGCGGAGGAGACUUCCGUAGAGACAUAUUGAUGGUAUACUCCGUACGUGCAUGGUGGCAG